AUGGCUGGUGAGGAUAGUUUACUACCGCAGCGUGAUGAUAUUGGUAUUCAACUGGGUAUUGGAAUUUCUUCUUCGAACCUGUACGUACCUGCAGAUUCAAGGUUAUCUGACGAACAUAAAACACAAUGGAUUGAAGGUUACAUGGAAACUGGAAUAUCCAAUCUAAGAGCUUUGAGAGUAGUAGAGGGUUCUCAACUAUUAGUUACAGACGCAAAUGGUCCUGUCGGAAACGCUGCCGCUGCAGCUGAGCAUUAUUUGUUAAGCGAUGAGCUACUGGAUGAGGAUGAUGACGAUCCUGUAAAUGAACGAGAACUGCUCUUAGGUGCAACAUUUAAUUCUAGUAAUGCAUGGAACGAUAUUCUGCCAGAGUUGCCACAGCCGUUUGAUGUAUUUAGAAAUGUUACAAUACCGCAGUCGUCGAUGUACAAAGUAAACUUUAAUAAGCCGGUUACAAAUAGAGCGUAUGUUCCAAAGGCACUGAUAUCGAGUUUGUCUAAGAAUGAUCUACCUUUGGGCUCUCAGGAAGAGGCAGAGGCAGAGGCAGAGGCAGCUAAUAAUGAGAGAAAGCAUAGGGACCUUGGUUUUAAAAUUGUGGAUCCCACGAGAACCCAGAUAUUUAAUAUUGGAAGCAUACAGACAGCAUAUGACCUUCGACAAGACAGAGAAGGGAAACAGGUUAUUGCAUUUGCCUCUGGUGAGGCUAAUUCAGUCUUAAACAUUUCGUUACUCUGUCCGCAAGCGCAGAGAGUUGAGGUUAAUGAGGAUAAAGCGACGAUAGAUAACAUAAUUACACUCCAGCUCCAUCAGAACUGUCAACAGUUGGAACUUUUUUCAUCGAUUAAGAGUAUUAAAAUACCAAAGCCUUCAACUGCCCUGAAUAGAUCCUCUAAUAGUAUUUUUGUUUUGACUGAGGUUUGUCUACUGGUUAUACGAAUCCUAUCAAUCGAUUAUGCCUCUGGACGGAUAAACUUGCAGAGGUUGGAGCCUCUAGAGUAUACCCAGUUUGAACAGUUCCCGAUUGUGGAUGUAGCUAUGAAUCCAUGGAACUUGGAUGAGUUUGCUAUUAUAGAUUCCAAGGGUAACUGGUGCAUUGGUGAGAUCGCCAAAAGCAAGAAGAAAGCAAUCAGGUUACGACUAAUGAGGAAAUAUAGCGGGACCAUAUUUGAUCCUGAAGAAGUAUCAAACUGGAAACGUAUAGAAUGGGCAUCUAACCAUACCACAUUGUUUUUGAUUAGCCGAUCCAGCUUUAUAGAAAUGAAUUAUAUGGAAGAUUGGCAAUUAGAAGUUAUCCAGGCCAAGACAUGGUCCAGAUUACAAGAUUAUAAACGUAUAGGUGAAGAUUUAGGCGUCCUUCUUACGACUAAAGAGGUAAUAUUCAUUAAGCACGACAGCUACGGCGUCAAGCGGCUUCUCUCGUGGAAGCACGAGUGGAAUAGCAAAGAUGCAUCAUUAAAGUUCGCUGUUUAUGAAAACUACCAUGGGCGAGAACAAGUGAUUUAUGUUGCUUUAUAUUCCAGAAUGUCCCCAAUGGUAGUGAGUAACCACUUCUGGAUGAAGAACAACGUUUUCCAGGCAUCGAGAACUCCGCACUUACUUGAACUACCAAACAUAUCCACAGGCAUCAAUUGCAUUGUUUUCCCAGAAUAUUUUGAAACUCAUGAAAGUGACGAUGUAUUCAUACCAAUUUAUGUAAGAGCACUGAAGGGUAGUAGGAUUUGGAGAUAUCUAUUGAGUAAUAAAGCCUGCAAGAUAUACCCAGUAAAGGAAUAUGAUACCCUACCUCAUCUUGAAGCAGUCCACGGUUAUAUCACAGAAUCCUGCUCAAAAGAUGAAGAAGAACUCCUGUCCCAAGUUGUUGCGAAGUUUUCGGAUUCACUGCCCAAUAAGCAGGAGAACUAUGAUUCAUCUAUCGAAUACCUCAAAUUUCAAGAAUAUGGUUACCAGUUGUCAGAGAUGAUGAAUAAAACAAUAGAGGGCUGGAAACGUGAAGAAGAAGAAGAAGAGCAGACUUUCAAACCUGCUAGUCAUGUGGGCAAUCUGUCAGAAAUAACCAAAGGUCCCGGGUAUUUUGAGAAUGUGGAAGAGUUUAGCUCUUUAUUACAGCAAUUCAUCGAAUACUACGAAAAUCAUGGUAUUACGUUCAACAGACUAAAGACCAUUUCUAAACUUCUCAUUAAAGAACCUGUGGAUUCCUUUGACAUACUGCAUAGCAAACUUCUGCAAUGUUGGGAACCAAUCUCUGACAACGCGAUUCCAAUUGCCAUUGAAAUUAUUAAAUAUGUCGCACUAGACAGUAUGGCUUUUUAUAAUUUGACAAAGCUUAAGGAGAUUGAUCCGAAUGUAUACGGUGAGCUAUCAAGUACAUGUCAAGAAGUUUUUGACCUGUGGGAUGAGGAUGAGAUGUCUUAUCCAGAUACUCAAACAACUCAAAAUCAAGAAGAUACAGCCCUUUCAUCCAUUAGGCCAUCUUCGUCACAAAUUCCCCCUACUAUAAGGUCUUCUCAACCCUCUGGACAGACUUUAAGAAGCAGUUUACCAGAUUCAAUGUCACCGGCGUUUUCUUUACUCUCCCAACAAUCGCAACCGAUUGCUAGUAAUAAUAGUCAAUCCAAAACAUACAAAAGGAAGAAAAGACGUGUUCGUGGAUUCGGCUAG